AUGCGCCCAGGUCUGCAGGCGGGCCGCGCGUGGUCGGCCCGGGUACCUGUGCACACUGCUUUGGCGCGGCGCUGGAUCCAACGCUCUUCCCGCCAGCGCACAGCUGCCACACCACCGGAACCCAAGCCACAGACUCCUUUGAAUGAGCCUCCUCCUCCAGCUGCCAGCCGACCCAAGAGCAACGACAUGGACGUGGAAGUCGUCGAGAAGCUCCAUCGUGGCGUCCUCUGGCUCUCCAACUUGCACCCCAUCAAGCUGAAUCGCAUCGAUGUCCGCCACAAACUCUACGACAUGGCCUACGUGGACGAAACCCUGAAGCGCAUGAUCGAAAAGAUGGACCAGCGCCAUGCCAUUGAAAUUGAACGAAUUGUGCACCGCUCACCCGAGGGCGGCGUUUUCAUCCACUUCAAAUCGUCCCAGUACGACGCCAAGGGCGCUGCGGAUAUCAUCCGCCAGCACCUCAUGGACAAGCGCAAGGCCUCUUUCCUGCUCAAGGAAAAGAUUCGGGCCCACCUUGUCAUGGGCAAGCCCUUUCUCCACGACAUGGAAGCCUACCCCACUCGCACAAUCCGUGUGGACUUUAAAGGCCCGGCCAUGGACAUGGAAGAACUCUACAACGUCUUGCGCCCGUAUGGCCACCUCAACAGCGUCAACAUUGCCAAAAACAGCGAGGGCAUUCGCUAUGGCACGGCCUCCUAUAACAAGAUCCACGGCAGCAUUGGCGCCAGCAAUUGUCUGCACCGCGCGGUGAUGCAAGACACAAAGCUGCUCAUCUCGUAUGAAAAGUAUCUCAAACCCUCUGCCCUGCGGGAAUUUUGGAACAACUAUUCGCGUGUGCUCCUCCCCACCCUGCUCUCUGCCACCGUGGCCUUCGCCUACACGAUGUUUGAUCCCUUGCGCGAGUUUUUCGUCUACAACCACAUUACCAACCGCUUCCUGCUCUCCCCCGAAUCCAAGUUUGGCGAGGAACCCGACUUUGUUCUCAAUACCACUGGUCCGCAAGAAGAAGCCACGGCCAACAAGCCGGCCAUGGGUGGUAUUGAACUGCGAUUGUACAAUGCUGUCAAGUCGCAAGCGCUGGACUUGGUUCAGCGUGUGAGCAACAUCUUUGGCAGUAGCUCAAGUGACCAAGUUCCCGUGUGGUCCAAGGAAGCACUGGAGCAGCUCCGUCAAAAGGUCGCGACGAGCUCCAACUCGGAUGAAGUCAUCAUGCUGGCAGGCCCCUUGCACCACGCGCAGGGCUGUGGCAAAACAACCAUCAUGCGUGCUCUGGUGCGUGAGGAAGGAAUUACCAACCUGUUACAUCUCGACUUUCGACGUGCUGAUACCUUUGUCUCAGAUGCCGAACUGCUCAAGCGCCUCAAACAAGCUGUCGGAUACAAACCUUCGCUGACGGUGCUGUACAAGCUGCAGCGCAUGAUUGAGGAGCUCCUUGCGGUCUCCACGCGGGGUGUCGUGGCACCACAAGCUUCCACGGAAGCACACGUGCGCCAGGUCUUGGACUGUGUUUCCAAGGUCUUGCAAAGCCUCCGCAAGUGGAACAGCAAGAGCAACGGCAAUGCCAAGGCAGUCACCCCAACCUCGAAUGGCCCCGCAACUACGACCCCGGCUCGCAGCGCAAGCGACAUGCCCCUCAUUGUUCUUAAUGGCCUCGACUCUGUCUUCCUCAAUGAUCAUCCGGCUUUUGCUCAACAGCUCAUGGAUUGGGCCUUUACCGUCAGCCACGAGCGCUUGGCCACCGUGGUACUUUUGUGUGACGAGAACAUUGCAGAGGACUACGCCGAGGAAACUCGCGUGCAAACGGCGGUGCUUCAGGUCGAGGAUGCUUCGGCCGAACAAGCCAAGAAUUUCAUGCAACUUAACCUUCCCCAUGUUGAGGUCACGGAUCAGCAAAUUGCCGCAGUCUCUGGUGUGCUUGGUGGACGCUUGUCCGACAUUAACGAACUCGUGCGCCGCGUCGAGUUUUUGCACCAACCCAUGGCUGAGGCUUUGAAUGACAUGGUGUCCAAGGCAGUGUCCUUUGUGGCUGGUCAUGCCCUGACCACGCGACCAAAGACGGAUGCCCAUUGGACCCUGCAACAAGCUUGGAAGCUUGUAUCCCAACUGGCUGAAGACGAGGAGAUUCCUUUUGAGCGCAUGCUUUAUUCUGACACGUUCAACGGCGAUGAUACGGCCCUGUAUGCCAUGCAGCGUGCCCGUCUUAUUCGCAUUCAGCAUCGCUCGGUGCCGGUGGAGGCACCACCUGUGAGCCGCAGCUGGCUGGCUAGCAGCCAACCGAAGGCUGAUGAUGAAGCCAUCCCCGUGUAUCGCCAACAACUCUUCAUUCAGCCAGCACGUCCCCUCUUUCGCGAGGCCUUCCGUCGCAUCGUUCAUGAUGCCACGCUCUCUGAUGGUAUCCGCCUGCAGCUCCUCAAGGAGGAGGCUGGCAAACUCCUCAAGACCAUGCAUGCUACGGAAGAGGAGCUGGACAAGGUAUUGGACAUGCUGACCGAAGCACGCGGGGGACACGUCACUUCAGUCAUCAAACAGCUCGUGCAUCGGGCCGACCAGUUAGCUGCGACCCUGGAAAAGACUGUCAACAAGAUUGAGCAGGUCGAAGCCGCCAAGAAAAGCCUGGCGGCCUUGAUGCUGUAG